AUGACGCUGCUGGCCUUUGUGCUCGCCGCUCUCCUCUUCCUCGUCACGCCUCAUGUCGUCCACACUGCGGUUACAGAUGGUCCUCGUAUACUUGCAGAACCCCCGCGGCACAGCACAGGCCUCACCGACGCCGUUCAAUGGGACAAUUACACACUUUGGAUCGAGGGUCAGAGGGUCUUUCUUCACUCGGGAGAGUUUCAUACCUUCCGCUUGCCCGUCCCUGACCUCUGGCUCGACAUAUUUCAGAAGAUGGUCGCCGCCGGGCUAAACGGCGUUAGGUGCGCCCUUACAGCCAGCAUAUACAUCCAUUGGGCAUUAACAAAUCCUGCACCCGGCGUGCUCGACUUCAACGACUGGCGAGACCUGCAGCCAGUAUUCAAGGCAGCUGAGCAGGCGGGCAUAUUCAUCGUUCUGAGACCAGGUCCCUACAUCAACGCCGAGACAACUGCGGGGGGCCUUGCCCUCUGGACGACCAGCCUCACCACGAGUGAGCUCCGGACGAAUGCCACAGACAUUGAAGAGUCUUGGAUGCCGUACGUGCAGCGCAUCAUCAACGAGUCGAAGCCGAACCAGGUCUCCGACGGUGGAAGUCUUAUCGCUGUGCAAGUGGACAACGAGUACUCGCAAUCACCGAUUCAACGCGCCGAAUACUUCGCACAGCUCGAGGCGACGUAUACGUCAAAUGGCAUUGUUGUCCCGCUGACGUACAACGAUCCCGGAGAGGGUCUCAAUUUCAUCAAUGGCACUGGCGCAGUCGAUAUCUACGGCCUUGAUUCCUACCCGCAAGGCUUCGACUGCAGCAACCCAACGAGGUGGUCACCCGUCGUGACGAACUAUCACUCGUACCACGAGGAGGCCGACCCCGGCACAGUGUGGUACAUGCCUGAGUUCCAGGGAGGAAGCUUCGAUCCGUGGGGCGGUCCUGGCUACGACGCAUGCGAAGUGCUCACAGGGCCGGACUUCCAGGACGUGUUCUACAAGCAGAACUGGGCGUCGAACGUAAAGAUGAUUUCGUAUUACAUGCUCUACGGCGGUACGAACUGGGGUGGUAUUGCUGCACCCGUGGUCUAUACCUCGUACGACUACGGUAGCACUCUUCGCGAGAACCGUGCCCUUUCGCCCAAGUUCGACGAGCUCAAACGCCAGGGUCUCUUCCUGCGCUCAUCGCCCGAGUUCCGUAAGACCGAUUGGAUCGGCGACUCAAGCACCGGUGUAUCAGUAACGAGCACGAACAACGCGAGCUUUGUGACGUUACUCAGGAAUCCUGAUACUGGCGCACAGUUCGUAAUCGUCAGACAGGCGGACAGUACUUCGACAUCAAACAUCGCUUUCAACCUGACGCUCUCUACGUCUGCAGGCACACUCACGAUCCCGCGCACGCUUUCGUCAGGCAUUCAGUUGGACGGCCGUCAAAGCAAAGUCGUUCUGGCCGACUAUACCUUCGGAAGCCCUGCGCACUCCAACAAGCUUCUAUACUCGACUGCGGCAGUGCUCUUUGCAGGCAGCAUCGGCGGCAUCGAUACAGUAUUCCUGUACGGCGACACCAACCAGGGGCACGAGUUCGCGUUCUCCUCGGGCAGCAGCCAGCCGACCACCGUUGCGUUCGCUCCAGGGUUCAAGACCGGCCUCCAGGUCGUAAGCUCACCGAAAAGUACAGCAAGCCCGCUCGUGCUCUGGGCAGAUACGCAAACAGCUUCCACAUUCUUCGCGCCUGCUGUCUCGACCGGCGCCGCGACGUUCACGAACUAUUGGCAGUUUGGUACGAACGAGACGGUCCUCGUUGGCGGGCCAAUGCUCGUGCGGAACGCCACGGUGUCGGGCUCACGCCUGGCGUUACGCGGAGACCUGAACGCGUCGACUCCGCUGACGCUCCUGGUGCCCUCGUCGGUGUCGACCGUUAGCUGGAACGGUGCGAACGUCGCAGUGAAAAGCUUAUCCGGGGCACCCACUUUACCUGGCGCCAAGCUACUCGAGGGCCAGCUGAGCUUCUCUCUCGGCAAGGGAAGCGUCAGUGUUCCAGCCCUAACGGGAUGGAAGUUCAAGGACAGCUUGCCCGAGGUGCAGAGCGGGUUCGACGACGCCAACUGGACGGUCGCCGACCACACGACGACGAACAUCACAACCAAGCCAUUGUUUGGUGACGGACGGGUUCUUUAUGAAUGUGAUUACGGCUUCUGCGAGAAUGUUGUGCUCUGGCGCGGACAUUUCAACGGCAUCGGCUCUGAGACGUCGGUGAAUCUGACCAUCAACGGAGGGAAUGCGUUUGGUGCAUCGGUCUUUCUCAACGACGUCUUCCUUGGCACGACAAAUGGGAGCGCGAGCGUCGAACAGACGAACGCCUUGUACUCCUUCCCUGAUGGCGCGGUCAAGACAGGGACGGAUAAUGUAAUUACAGUUGUCCAGGAUCAUAUGGGUAACGAUGAGGACCCUAAUGAACGCUCCCCUCGUGGAAUUCCCGGCUUUCAGCUCAACAGCGGCAAUUUCACGACGUGGAAAGUUCAAGGCAAACUUGGCGGCUACACAAACUACCCCGACAAAGUCCGCGGCAUUCUGAACGAAGGCGGCCUGUUCGGCGAGCGCGAAGGCUGGCAUCUGCCAGGCUUCGAUACAUCCUCGUGGGCAUCACGCUCGCUCUCGUCCGGGCUGCCGAACGACACCGCGGGCGUCGGCUUCUUCGUCACCACUUUCAACCUCGCCGUCCCGCAGGGGGUGGAUGCCAUGUUCAGCUUCGUAUUCGACAAUAACACCGCGGUGCCCGCCGGCCAGGCUUACCGUGCGCUGCUGUUCGUGAACGGGUGGCAGUACGGAAAGAGAGUGGCGAACAUAGGACCGCAAGCGAAAUUCCCUGUGCCGUCAGGAAUCUUGGAUCAUAGCGGCAAAAACACUGUUGCGAUUGCCCUGUGGGCCCUCGAGAACGCGGCGGUCUCUCCGACGCUCGAGCUUGUUCUGGACGAAGCAGUCGAGGGUGGGGUUGGACAGGUCGCUGUGAAUAAUCCGGCUUGGACGCCUCGUGAGUAA